GCCUCGCGCACCCUGCGGUGCUACCUCAUACAUAGCUCAGGCUCCAGAUUCAGGGGCUGGGGUGGGAGCGGAACAGCGACUCCCCAGGGCAGGCCCAAGGGGUUGCUCCCAAAACUGUGGGGGACUGGCAGGCCAGGGCAGCCAGGGAGGGACCAGGGACAGACCGUGGAGCGAAGGAGCAACAGAAAAAGUGAGUUGACCCAUAUACAAAGAGACUAUUUCAGGUUUGAAUAUUGAGAUAAAAUGUCAGAAGAGUCAGACAAAGAUGAACAGCUCACAGACCGAACAACCAGUGAUGAAGAUGAGUUGGAUGAUGAUUCCCUUAUGAAAUUCGUAAGUGAAGAUCUCCAUCGAUGUGCACUAUUUACAGAUACUACAAGUGACCAGUAUUUACCUCGGACUACACAGAUUUUGUUGGAAUAUCAGCUGGGAAGAUGGGUCCCACGUCUUCGUGAGCCCCGAGACCUAUAUGGUGUCUCAUCAUCUGGUCCACUGAGUCAAACACGAUGGCCAUGCCACUGUGAAGUAGUGCAAGAUAAAAUCCUGCACAUUGAUUGGGCUCCUCCCUUCCUUGAGCCAUUGUAUGUCUCAGCAGGUGAUGAAUUGGCACCCCAUUAUCCAGACUCUUCUCAAGGCAGUGUGGUUUAUCUAGGUGAUGAGGCUUAUAAAGACCGCUGUUUCAUGUAUUCUCGAAUAGGAGGUAUCAGAUCUCUUCAGAAGGCCUCAGAAAUUCUACCUCUGGAGGACUGGGAGAACACUUUGAUAUUUGAAGCCAGGUUUGAGAGUGGUAAUCUGCAAAAAGUGGUCAAAGUUACUGAUCAUGAAUAUCAGUUGACUGUACGCCCUGACCUCUUCACAAAUAGACAUACCCAAUGGUACUACUUUCAAGUGACCAACACCCAAGCAGGGAAACCCUAUCGUUUCACCAUUGUCAACCUGGCUAAGCCAGAUAGUCUGUAUAAUCAAGGCAUGCGCCCACUCUUCUACUCUGAAAAAGAGGCCAAGAUCAACAAUAUUGGCUGGAAGAGAACAGGAGAUCAAAUCAAGUAUUAUAGAAACAAUACAGGGCAAGAGGGGCGUCAUUCUUUCUCUCUUACAUGGACAUUCCAGUUUCCAUAUGACAAAGAUACGUGUUACUUUGCUCAUUGCUACCCAUACACAUAUGCCAACCUGCAAGAAUACCUUUUAGGUAUCACUAAUGACCCAGUCCGGUCACAGUAUUGUAAAAUCCGUGUGCUGUGCCACACACUUGCUAGGAAUAUGGUAUAUGUUUUAACUAUUUCUACCCCUUUGAAGAAUAUUGAAUCAAGAAAGCGUAAGGUGGUGAUUUUGACAGCAAGGGUACAUCCAGGAGAAACCAAUAGUUCUUGGAUCAUGAAAGGCUUCCUAGAUUAUAUCCUGGGAGAUUCAAGUGAUGCCCAGCUGCUCCGGGACACUUUUAUCUUCAAGGUGAUACCUAUGCUGAAUCCAGAUGGUGUGAUUGUGGGAAAUUAUCGAUGUUCCUUAGCUGGACAGGAUUUAAACCGUUGCUACACAUCUGUCCAAAAGGACUCUUAUCCUUCUGUUUGGCACACCAGGAAUAUGAUCCGUAGAUUAAUGGAAGAUCGAGAGAUUCUUCUAUACUGUGACCUUCAUGGCCACAGUAGGAGAGGGAAUAUUUUCAUGUAUGGCUGUGAGGAUAGUGAUGAAGAUAAAGAGAUGUGCUUAGAGCAACGAAUAUUUCCAUUUAUGCUGAGCAAGAAUUGUCCAAACAAAUUUUCAUUCUCAUCUUGUAAGUUUGAUGUUCGGAAGAGCAAAGAAGGGACAGGAAGAGUAGUUAUAUGGAAAAUGGGGGUCCAAAACAGCUUUACCAUGGAGGCUACUUUUUGUGGAUCUACUCUUGGUGAUAGACGAGGUACCCACUUCAACACAAAAGACUUGGAGUCUAUGGGAUACCAUUUUUGUGAUUCUCUUUUAGACUAUUGUGAUCCAGACCAAACAAAGUAUUAUCAAUGCAUGAGAGAAUUAGAAGAAAUGGACAAACAGCAGUCAGGCACAGCAAACUUGGAAAAACCGAUUAAUGAUUCAGAAGUUUCAAGCAUAGAUGCUAUAUUGGAUCCAGAUUCUAGUGAUGAAUCUGAUGCUUCUGAGAGCAAUGAAAUUCCACCUUUUCUCAGAGAAACUACUCAGAUAAAAACUAAGGAAAACAAUGUAAAAACAACCCCAGAAAGACAUUUUAGACCGUACCUGAAAAAUCCUAGGGGUGCACAAGAGAAUAAAGUCAGAGAAUCAGAAAUUAUCCCUCUAAACCAGGAAUCAGAAAGGAAUAACGCAAAAAACCACAGAAUGAACAUUUUGGAACUCACUGGGAAACAAAUGACUUUAUUUUCUCAUUUUGGAGAAGAACCGUUAUUCCAGAAACUACAAAACCAAAAGGUUGAGAGCAGGGGAAACAUUCAGCAAAGUCCUAAGGAAACAAACCCCCAAGCAAAAGGUGCUGUGCAAGAUGAUUUUACAUUUGACUAUUUCAAAUGCUGUUUCCCUGAGGAAGAUGUAGGGGAAUGUAUUGAUCAGACGAAGACUGUCUUCUUCUUCUCUUACCGCUCUGCACGCGGCCUGAGGGCAUUCAUCCCAAAAGUGGUGAAUUUGAAUAACGUUCGGAAUAAAGAUACCAGAUAUUCCACCCUGGAUAUUCUACAGAUAUUUCCGAUCAGAGUUUUGCUAAAGUUGGGGCAACAGCAGAAGAAGGGCCAGUUAAGAGGAAAUUCAGGAUUUGGAGCUUGGUAGGUGCUACUUAUUUUAGAUGGUCUAAAAUCUGGAAAGGUCAGCAAAGGCAAAGGAGUAGCAAGUGCAAGAGGGAGGCUAGGAAACAGAACAAAUGGCCCCAAUCUCAGGCCAAAGAAAAGGACUUAAGAGAGACAAGGUGACCCAAUCACUGGCUUCAAGAGCUUGUGGAGCCAGUAGAUCUUUAUAUACUUUCCCCUCCAGGCUAGUAUCAGUGUGAGGAGGCUUGAGAUAAAAGAUGAAGGCUAGGUAGGAUGAGAUAAUAAGAGGAUGGAUGUGGGUUUUACAGUGUAUUAAUCAUUAUACAACUCAAUAAUUUUUAACAUUUAAUAUAGUUAAUAUAUUUAAUAAUUUAAAGAGGCUUUGUGGGGUUUGGUUUGGUUUGCUUUGGUUUGGUUUUAAUACAGUUGCUUCUGGUACUUUUCUCUGCCUGGUUGGAAAUGCUUACCUGGUAUCUUGGGGGUGGCAGUGAAUAGAUAUAAUACUGGGCCUGAAAUCAAGGAGACCUUAGUUCUUACUAGAUACCUGUCCCUGGUCAUCACUCUGUUUGCCCCAGUUUCCUAAUCUUUAAAAUGUGGAUAAUAAUAGCUUUUACUUCCCAAGGUUCUUUGUGAGAAUCAAAUGAGAUAAUAAUUAUAAAGCACUUAGCACAGUGCCUAGAACAUUGUAAAAGCUAUAUACAUGUUAGCUCUAAUUACUAUUAUUAUUAUUAUUAUCAUAAUCAUCAUUAUUAUUGCAUUGUUGAUUUAUAUAUCAAUAAAGGAAUAGGGAAAUGUAUGUUGAAUGGCUCACUUUGGACACCCUUGAAUCCAGGAUCAGCGCAGGAGUUUUCCUUGAGAAUUACACAUGUGCUAUACAAAGUACCUGGAAAUAACAAUUGAUCUUUUCUCUCAACGUAAGCAAGGUCAGCAGGGUUUAUGGUGGAUCAUUGUUCAUUUUCAUGUUAGCAACUCAACCGCUUUCUCUGAUCCUGGUCAAAUUCCAGGCAAAAACUCAAUUAUUAAAGAACUGGCUUAAGUGUCUAUACUCCAUCUAAGGAUGAUGAAAAACUUAAAGCAGAAAUGUUUUGCAAUUCAAAACUCAACUGGAAUUCAUUUGCUAGAUAAAAACUAGUUUUCUAAAGGAGGUGGGUAAAGAGAUCAGCUAUUAAAGGUGGAACAAAAUAUUCUCUAUACCGUAUUUUGAUCAAAGCAACAAGAAUAUAUAAGCAGAAUGCAUUUUUCAUAUAUUGCUGAUGCAUUAUAGUUAAUCUAAGACUGAAUAUCCCAUCGGAUUCAAGGGACAAUGAGUGAUAAAGUAAGAUGGCGAGCAUCUCUUAUGUACCUAAUUCAGUGCUGGAGGCUGUAAGAGGCAAAAGAAGUUUAAGACAUGACUCUCUACCCUUAACCAAUUUAGGAUACAAAUUUGGAAAUAAAACUAACACUGAAAAAAGUAGAGAGAAAGGAAAUGGUAAGCUAUCAAUAAAAACAAGAUUUAAGGAAAAAUAUAAAAAAAAUUCCAUUGAAUAGAAUAAAUUACUAUUUGAAGACUGGAAGGAAACUUAGAAGUCACUUAGUCUACACUCCAUCCCUCACCCUCACCCCCAUUCUACAGAUUGGCAAUCUGAGGCUCAGAGAGUUAAGUAAUCUAGUCAACAGGGUCAGUUUCUGAACUUGAAGUGAGAGCAGAUUUCUGAAUGGCAGUGUCCUAGAGGCAAUUGGAAAUAUGAUUGGGGAGCAGCAGAGAGUUUAGAGCUAGAAAUAUGGGAACCAUUCUCAUAAAGAUGAAAAGUAUGGGGGCAGCUGGAUAGCUCAGUGGAUUGAGAGUCAGGUGUAGAGAUGGAAGGUCCUGGGUUCAAAUUUGGCCUCAGACACUUCCCAGCUGUCACUUAACCCCCAUUGCCUAGCCCUUACCGCUCUUCUGCCUUUUAGCCAAUACACAGUUUUGAUUCUAAGGAAGAAGGAAAGAAUUUUUAAAAAAGAUGAAAGGUAUUGCUGUUCAGGUGAAAAUUGGAAUGGAUGAUCUUUUAGAUCCCUUUCAAUUCUGAAAUUCUGCAAGUUGUAAAACACUAAACCUUCCCAUUAGUUGAUCUCAUUUAACCAAAUAAGAACUCCAAAUUGGAUAGAUGAUAUACAGAUUGCUGGGAAAAAAGACAUUGUUGUUAUUUGACAUUGGAAACUACCUCAUGUUUUUGUCAAUGAGACAAUAGUCUAAGUUAUAAAAAUGGAUGAGUUUAUUGAAGGAAUGAUAUUAUUAUGUCCUAUACACUGUAGCAAACACCUAAGUAGAACAUGAAUAAGUCAGAGAAAGGUAGACUUUGGGCAAAAUUUCACAUAUUUAAUUUCUUCCCUAGACUAAAUCCAGCCACUUUUCCAAAUAUGAAGAAAAAUAUCUCACCACAUGGACACCACUUGGAAGGACAAAGGCAUUCAUUCCUUGUGCCUUUUUGGUGCCUUUUUGCUUUGUUCCAUACCAUAUAAUUACCAUCUUUUUAUGUAGCUUAUAACUAUCAGCACUUCACAACUCCUGAACUGUCAUUUCUAAUCACUUUAAGUGUUAUGAUUUAUCAUUAUACGCUUUUUGUGUAAUGAAAUAUAGAGACAGAUUUUAUAGAAUAGUCUUGGUCUGUGUCCCUGACCUGUAAAAGGCAGAAGUCAUUUGACAGGCUACCAAAAGUUUCAAGAUCAAGCAAAAAAAAAAAUUGAGGUCUGGGUCAUAAAAUCUAAUUACAAGAAACUUCCCGGGAGCAAAUGGGAAAACUUCCUGUCAUGUCUCAAACUGGAAAUAAAUAUUUUAAAAGUCAAGUUCCUUAACUAAGGCAUUCAACUAACAAGACUCUACCCACCUAAAUCUCUACCAAGCUGAAUGAGAGGCCAACCAAUAUUUAUUUAAAUUCCAAAGGGAUGAUUUAUCCAGCCUUAAGAAAACAAUUAGGGGAAAUGAUCUGAUUUGAAAAUUGAAUGAAAGGCCGCAGAUGGUAGAAGAAAGUUUGGCCCACUGCAUCCUAAACUAAAGAGUCUAAUCAUCUCCUUAGGUGAAUGAGGCAUCUUGCAGAAAUUGAGAAAUCCACAUAAAAUUUAAAUUUUCACAAAGAAUUUACAAUUUAGUUGGAGAGAUAAAACAUAACACUUGAAGCGAUUAGAAAUGACAGUUCAGAAGUUGUGAAAUGCUGAUAAUUAUAAACUACACAAAAAGAUGGUAAUUAUCUGGUACAGACCAAAGCAAAAAUGCACCAAAAAGGCACAAGGAAUGCCUUUGUCUUCCAAUUCUUUUUUUUAUUAGUGCCCUUAUCUUUCAAAGAAAAAAAAAUGAGCUUACUCUUCAAAAAAUAAUAGUAGAAUGUAGGAAGUAAAAAGGAAGAG